AUGUAUAGUCAUAUUCCACCGAACGCCUUGACUUCUCCACAGGUGGGAAAUGAACAAGUUGUAUUUCUGGCAACUUCCCCUGGGUUAACUUCAUCUUAUGGACCAGCAAAUCCAAUGCCUUCAACACCAAUGCAGUUUCCAGCCCAAGGAGCUCCUCAACUCACUGGCAUAUCUUCCUCAGCUGCAUAUGGUUGUGGCCCGGUAAUAGGGGUACAGGUACCCAUGUGGACACAUGUACCACAAACAUCUCCUACAGUCGUGGGAAACAUGAUGCAGUACCCAACACAGCCCUUGCAGUACCAAGCCUGUUACAUGUCUCCUGUGCAGCAAACUAAUCAUGGAAUGUACUUCAAUAAUCAAAUGCAGUCAUACAACAUGGUACCACAUCAGUAUGUUCCUGUACCCAACAGAGGAUUCAGACAACAUUUUCCUAUGGGGCAACCACCAAAUGUACCUUAUGCAAUGCCUCAUGAGUGUGUGCCAGUUGCUAACUCUGGGUUUGCCUACCCUUCUGGAGGGAUGGUUCAUCCUCAGUUCAUACCACCUGACCCACAUGCAAGGGAGGCAGUGUAUGAGAUGUCCAUAUUUCAACAAGCUCAGUAUAUUCCCCAGUAUCCUACAUCAACUCAUCAACAUCCACAGAUAUCAGCAGUUGUUCAGAGAAGACCUGGGGUUGUUAAUCAGCCAGCAUAUUUUACUAGGGAGGAGCUAGAGGUACAAAAAUCACUUCCAAACUCAGAACAGCAGGGAGGGGUAAAUGCUGUUCAUUUACUACAUGAAGAAGAGUCUACUGGGGUGCACAAACCUGUUAGAUCUGAUGGUAAUUCAGCUGCCAGUUUGUGUGAACAGGCUCCAGCUCCUUCACAACAACACAUAUUAGAAAAUACAGAAUCUAUUCAAUCUCCACACCAUCACAUAUUGGACUGUGUAGAAUCUGUUCAGGUUCCAGGCCAACAGAUGGUGAACAAUUCAGAAACUAUUCAUUCUCCUUCACAGCACUUGUUAGAGAGUACAGAAUCCAUUCAGUCUCCACACCAGGACAUGUUGGACAGCUCUGAAUCCACACAGGCAGAUGCUACUGUUUCACCAAGCCAAAUGACUUUAGUACCCAGUCCAUCAUCUUCAGAUGGUGUUCAAACAGUGUGCAGUAGCCCAGUACAGUCACACAGUGAAGAAGAUGAACUGACAGUUGCAGAAGAUGACCAAAUUCCAACCAAGGACAUAAGUGAUGAUUUAGCUCUCCAUCAAUCUCCAGUUGAAGUAAACAAUGCAGAUAAUUUUGAAAGGCUGAAGCCUGAGCAGCCCUACGACAGUGCUUCUUUCAAGCCAGAAAAGUGCAAUGCAAUUGCUCUAACAAAACCCUUACUGAAAGAAGGGAUGUAUGGUCCUCAAAAAGGGGAAAUAAGUGGAUCCUCCUCAGUGAGUCAGGAAACUGAACUUAUCCCUCAAAAUGCAUUUGGUAAGCACUCUACCCAGCCUUACAUCUCUAGAGAAAGUAAGGCCAGCACUAAUCAGAUGCAUUACCAUUACCACCGAUCAAUACGAUCCCUUAUUGACACACCUGUAUAUGACACUGCCCACAGUAGAGUGCUCAGUCAACUUGCACAACCUGAUGCUUCCUCAGCUCAAUCCCAUAAUGGAAGCCAAGGACGCCCUUUGACAACUCACUUCAGGCAACUGUUUAAACCCAUUCCUCACAGUACCACAAAGAGUGCAAGGAAAGAUGAUGGAAGGAGUUGA